AAAUAUUCGGUUCAAACGUCAAACCAAUAACGAACACACGAAUGUUUGUGGAACCAAAUUGUUUUCUUGUUUGAUAUUUGGAAAAAGCUAUUGUAUUACUGUAAUUAUUGUGUAAAGUGCAUACAAACUAUGUUAACUGUGUAAUUUGUGACAUUUGUGUAAUUUUUGUAUCGUUAAAUAAUGGAUCCCUUCACUCAGCGUAUGUUAGAGAGGGCGCGGGCCAGACAGGAGAAGAUUGACCAAAAACUCGCGAGUACUGGACAGGUAGUUCCGAAGAGGAGACCUUUGGCAGAAAACAUUACUGUUCUGAAAAAUGAGAAUUCUCCGGUGAAGUCUCCUAGUAAAAUACCUCGGGAGUCUAUUACGUCGCCUCGGAGGGUGUCUAAAGAUGGUUCAAAGUCUGAAACUCCUACAAAAGCUGUGGUUAAAAGAUCUAGUUUGAAAGCCGACGUAGCGUCGCCGCAGCGGGCUCGUAACGACAUAGUGGUGACUAAGAAGGAGUUUAAAAGUCCAAAAAGAGGAAGUAUUAACAGACGGAACUCUGAUGUAUCAGUGGAGAUCAAUAUUUCGCAUAGAAAUGACAUUCAAAUCGAGGUACAAGUCGAGGAGAGAGAUGCUCCAAUCAGCGUCGUGUAUGACGCACAGGCAAAGCCUGGAAGCAACGUUAUUAUAAAGGAGAUCACAGAUGGCUCAUCCGUUAACUUGGAGAAGGCAAUUGAAGAUGCUUCGGAGAACAAGACCCAGCGAGGUGGACUGCGGCACAAUGUCAAGUCCCGACUUGACAGACUCGGCAAUCUGUAUUCAGAUAAGCCAACCCUCUCAUCGCCGAUCCACCGCACGGAGCUGGAGUUCACAUCAGCCACUCCACCGGAGCCGGAACAGCUGAAACAGCAGAAGCCUCGUCCCCAGGACGGGAAGAAGAAGUUCGGUCGACUGGCGGCCCUAGCGGACCAGAUCAAUAACUGGGAAGAUGAUCUGACACAUCAUAUUCCACCUGAACCAGCAAAGAAGGCAAUAACCAAACCAGAUAUUAAGAAUAAGAAGGACAAGAAGAUUGAGAAGCAGGAGACACUGGAUGCCUCCACGGUGGACGUGUCCAUACACUCGUUCCAGGACAUCAAUAAGAUACUGGAUAGCACUAGCAAGGCUAAACAGACCAACAAACACGUGGACUCGAACACAUUCACGAAAUCUUCAGUGAACGAGUGUCAGAGACUAGGCAAGCAGAUUGUAGCUGAGUUGGAGGGCGAGGGUUACCGGCGAGUUUCGGCCAGCCAAUCGCGGCUCGUCUACGAAUUCACCACGAAAACCGCCGAUCCCGACCGACAGGAGCCGAAGUGUGCAUCGACUACCCCCAGUGCAGCUUCAGCCCCCAACAUGGCGACAAUGGUGGCCCCGUCGCCCGCCAACACGGCCGUUACAAAAAAGCCCUCGAUCAAGAAAUACAGAGCGCCCACGCCGCCGCGGAAUGUUAUCACGGAAGAUGAAUGUGAAAGUGAAAAAGACAAAGAGAAUGCAGUGCAACUCGACAACGAUAAUGACGCAAGUGAUGAUUGUAAACAAACAAAACCGGAACCGGCGGACGACAAGCCGGCGCCGGAGAUGGGGUCGCCGCUAGUGAAAAGGUUGGCUCCGAAAAUAAACGGCAGUGUUGACAGGAGUUCUGUGUUGUCUAAGGCGGCGAUGUUCGAGACGGGCAGCCCGAAGGCGAAGGACCCCGCCGAAAUGUCAUUGAGGGAACGCAAAGCGCUCUUUGAAAAAAAUAAGGGCGCCGCGAUCGUGCCUAAGGCCCCCUUCGGCCUCGCACCCUCCGUUAAGACCCUGCACGGAGACAAUAAAGCUGACAAGAAGCCAUUGGCUCAGAAGAAUACCUCUAAGACUCCAUCUCUGGCUAGUUCCAGAAGUAACUCCAAAGACGAUAACUCAGACGAUAAUAUAAGCCAGAGCUCUGUGGGAGGUGGUAUCAAGGAUAAGCUUGCAGCCCUGUUCAAUAAGGAGCAGACGAUCAGUGAAUCCACUAUUGCUAACAAAUUUAAACAAGAGAGGGAGAAAGAAAUGGAGAUGCUACAGAACAGAUUUAAUUAUAAGCCAAAGCAAGAAAAAGAAGACACUCCAAAUGACUCUGACGAUGACACGAGUGAACACGAUCCAUCAGAGAAAGCUCCUCUCAUGGGCAGCACUGUCAGCCUCUCUCAGAACAACAAGAAACCAGAAAUCAUUUCCAACCUUCCUAAAGUUAUCUUUGACGAGAAAAAGUCCGAAGGUUUGAAUGAUAAGGAGAAAGAGGUUGAGAAGGAAGACAGAGUUAUUGGAUCACAACCCGUUAAAAGACGAAGUUCCCAAGACUCGCCAGUAGUCCUAUCAGUUAUAGACGAUGUAAAGAGAAUUAAAGUAAACAACAACAAGAAGGACCCACAAACUAACGGAGCGGUGUUACAGCAACCAGCCAGCCUGUACCCACAUCUAUCAGACAUUGAAACUGACACAUCUCAUAAUCACGACGAAUACUCCGACUGCGGAGGAUCAAGCUCAGAGGAUUACCUUCAAGAUACGCGAGACAGACUGAACAAGUCGGAUAACUGGGCUGAAACAUCCUUCGGUCGGGAAGUUAUGAAUGUCGUAAAGAAAAACAAUACGAGUUACAAGAAGGCGGUCCGCGAGAGUGACUCUGACAGCAGCGGUGCGGACAGCGAGUUGGAAGACAUCUUGGACGAGGCUAUCAAUGAGCAGAGCGAGGGACCUACUCCUCCUAAACUAAAUAAGCAAUCUGUGGAGUCCUCAUCAAGUUUCGUGUACCAGGAGCGCUCGGCCUUCAAGUCGCCGCUGAAGCUGCAGCCCGCCACUCCUGCCAGGGACGACAGGGGCAGCGAGCUGGUUCACAGCGUCAGCUUCUACAGGCGUAUGCAGAACCAGUCGUCAACUCCAUCGACCCCGAUGCGCGUGGUCCGGCACGUGUCGCCGGAGCGCGCGCCGCCCGCCACGCCGGACGAGCCCGCCGCCAACGUCACCACCGUCAGAGAACGCAUCAAGGAGCUGCAGAACGAAAUCGCUAAACAACAGACUGUUAUAUCACAGGCGAGUCAAGCUCUGAACCUAUGCGCCGCUACCAUAGAAUUCAGCGGGUCCACUGAGCAGGCGGAGGGGGAAAGGCUACUGCUGUUAGCGACCCACCGGCGCCAAGCCUGCCUGCACGAGCUGCAGCGGCUGCAGGUGGAGGGCGCGGGCCCGGCCGCGGCGCCCGGCAUGGCCUCGCUGCAGCUCACGCACCUCGCCGUGCCGCUCAAACGGGACUAUGUCCGCCAGCUUAACGCAGACGGCGCGGUGGGCCACCACGCGGUGUGCCUGGUGAAGUGCCGCGACCGAGUGCUGGCCACCAGCAUGCAGCAGACGCAGCCCACCGCCACCGUGCUGCACUUCCCCGACGACAUACGCAUGCUCGGACUCGCCAGCGAUUUUAAGGUGACAGUGGAAGUGUAUCUGCUGCAAGCUUCAAAGGAAGUCUUGUCACAUGAGGUGAAAUACCACAUUUCUAACAAAAAGUCGAGUUCCAAGCUCCUGACGCCCAAGUCCAAGAUAUCGGAGCUGAAGGCGCCGCGCGUGCAGAGCCCGGCGGGCCCCAUGGCCGUCCGCUCGCCGCAGUUCUCGCUGCACGGGUACUGCAUCUUCGCACUGCAGCAGUCCACCAGGAAGAACUUUACUCUGAACAAGGUCCCAGGCGGCAGUCCACUAGAAGGCUCGGUGAACUUGGAGAUAAAGGCUCGCGUCCAAGUGUCCCCGCCGGCGCCCCACGCGGCCUUCCUCACGGCGUUCGACGAUGUGUCGGGGCUCGGCGCCUGGCACCGGCGCUGGUUCAGGCUGCAACCGCCGCGUCUGGCCUACUGGAAGUACCCUGAUGAUGUGCAGAAGAAGAUGCCAAUCGGCGACAUAGACCUCCUAACAGUAGUAUCGGAGCGCGUUAUCAAGGCACCGCGCGACCUCUGCGCUCGUCCAAACACGAUCCUUCUAGAGUCUUCCAUCCCGGCCGGCCUCAUAGUGCCAGACUCAGGGUCCUUGGUCUACGUCCGACGGCCAGACGGGUCUAUCGUGAGGCGCCAUCUACUGGCCGCCGACACGCCUAAAGACAGAGAUAUUUGGCUCGAUUGCCUGAACAAGGCGCUAGAAUAUGUACGAUGCUGCGGCACUGACGAUGAUUGAGUAAGAUGCUCAUUUUAUGUUAUCUAUGCUGAUAUUGUAGUGUGAAGAGGUUUGUUGUAUUUUGAAGAGUGGAUGUGGUUAGUAGUUUGAGCCUUUUUGUAGUGGGAUUUGGUGUGAAAAUUGUUUGAACAUGAUUUUUAUUCAGUCUAGCUUGACUAUGGAGUAAAUGAAUUUAGUUUUGCUUCUGCAAUACAAAGUCUACUCCAUAAUGAUAUACCUACCUUUGAAAUAUAACAACCUCUUCAUAUUGUACAUUGAAUUAACUACAUAUUAUAAUGUCUUUAACAUAGCGAGUAACUAUAUAUGUAUAAGGUGUUCUAAAAUUAUCUGCCACAGCUUUAAUGGGAGGUAGCCUAGUGACUGCCUUGUUGGUCGAUUGGUCUGGUGCUCUCGGGUUCGGUUCCCGAGUCGGGCCAGGUAUUACUGGGCUUUUUUCGGUUUUUCGAAAAUUUCUCAGUAGUAACACAGAGUCUGGAAUGGUGCCCAGUAUAUGGCAAUAGGGUCACCCCUUUUUCAUGUGACUUAUAACACAAAUGGGUAUAAGUGGGUGUACAUUGUACAGCGGCAUUACGUGCCGUAAUGUUCACCUCUGCCUACCCCUUCGGGGAUAAAAGGCGUGACGUUGCUUUUUUGUUUUGUUUAAAGAUUAAAGCCGUGGCAGAUAAUUUUUGAACACCUUAUUAUAGUACGCGCAGUUAUUUGCCUAAUUUUAUACAUUAAAUGGAUUAUAUAAACAUGUGAUAUACAGGAAUCAUUAAAAGACAUAGUUCUGUGAUUUUUGAUGAAAUAUGUAUUGGAUUAGUGUUUUUACUGGAUGGACGAUAAUUAAUAAGGCAUUUUCUAAAGAGAAAAGAUAAUU